AUGGACGACGACUCGCUCGCACGCGUGUGCGCGCUGGUGUCGGCAGAGGACCUCCUCCACGCCAGCCGCGUCUGUCGCGCAUGGCGGCGGAUCGUGUUCGGAACCGCGUGCGAGCCCGCCUGGCGCGCGCUGUGUGAGCGCCACGGCUACCGCUGCUCCGCUGCGGCCGGCCCCGCGCGGCUGCAAUUCCGCGCCGCCCACGAGGCUGUGCUCAGGGAUCGCCGCCUCAAGCGGCGCGUGGACCUGAUGACGGUGCGCAGCGCGGUGGCCAACACUGAGCGUGAGCUGGCUCGCCUCAGGGAGCGCCAGCGGGAGGAGUUGCAGGCCAACAGGCGGAAGCGUGGGGAGGCUGCGGCGGCGGCGCGGCUGGAGAAAGCGCAGGCUGCGUUGCAAGGCUGGCAGCUUGGGGUUGUGCGCGCCCACCAUGAGCAGCUGCUGCAGCCCCAGCCAAUUCAGGGCGAGUGGAAGCUACGGAAUUUAGAGCAGGCCAUCAAGGAAUCGGACGUGCACCUGCGGACGCUCGAGCGCACCAUUCGCUCAAAAGAGGCUCAUCUGGCAGCGCAACAGCGGCGGCUCGCGGCGAUGACGGGUUCGUAA